UAGAAUUAGCGCUCGUUUUUGUGUUCCCUCAGUAUGUGGUAUACACAACUCUGGGUAUUUUUGCAAAUAUUAUCCAAUUAUGGACAGUCAAAUACGAAGCGUAGUCAAAUUAAGAGUGAAGGUGAGAAUCAAUUUCACAGCAUACUUGGUAGGUGAGGCUAUAGAUAUGAGUAGUGUCAAUCAGGUUCAUAGAUAGCAUGAUUCAACCGAAUGUGCAGUAACUGUAUUUAAUAGGAAUGGAUUAAAAAAGGUCUUUUAUUGUCAAUAAAAUUCUCCGAGUAAACAUAUAUUGAUUGAGACAGCGUAUAUAAAGUAAAAUGCACAUUAAUAGUCUAUUCUGUUGAUUUCAAAAUAUAACGUUGCACAUAAGAUUUGACCAAGGAACUAGGUUAGAAAUGGCAAUAUAUGCGACAUACUGAACAAAGCAUAGUUGUGUGACUGUUGGGGGAAAAUUUUUGUAAUAAUGUUAUCAUUUUGGGAUUUAAAACUUGAAAAUAUCGAUAAAACUGAAUUUAUUUCCCAUCUCAAGGUCACUAAAUCACUACAAUUGCAUUGAAUCUUUGCUAUGAAUGUACUUAUAGAUAGGCAGUUAAAUAUAACAUGAGUCCACAAAAAGGGGAAAAAAUGCCAUGUAAGGCCGUAAUAUAAAACUAAAAUGAAGUUAAUUGUGCAUAAUUUGAGUAGAGUUUCAUACUUAGUAUCACAGAACACCUCAUGAACUUUAAAAGUGCUUGUGACGCAAAAAUGUUAUAUGAAUAUAGGAAAUAAAUAUUAAUUCGUGUUGAGGAAACCAAAGCAUUUAUGUUUUUGAAUACUUUUAGCCAACAAUGUUGUGUUGACGCAGAUAUGGUCAAUAUAUUGCGACGUAAUCAUCAUUUCUAUUGAAUCUAAUUUUCACUCGUUUCCGAAGCAAUUAAGGAAUGUUUUUACUGGCUGUAUACUCUAAUGUGACGUUUCAAAUCCGGGUUUUAUAAUUACUUUGAAAAAAUGAUUGUUAAUCAACACGGAAGUCCUGUGUGACGAAACGCGAUCGGAAAACGUUUGUUUCAGGCCACAAUCUAGUAUAUUGCAACCCUAAUGUUCGAUGAUUUGCGUCCAAAACUUCAUUCAGAUUAUUUUUUGAGUAAAAAUAUUGGGUAGCCUUUGACUCCAUAUAUUGAUGACACUUUUCCCAUCAUACUAUUAGAAAUAUAAUAAUAAUAAUAAACGCGUAAAGGAUUUUUUCGAAAUUCUACGGAACGGCACUGUUAUUCUAAUCGGAAUUACAGCAAACUACUAAUAAAAACUGUAAUAUACAGUAGCCUAUAACUCCAAAAAGUUUUUACCACCAGCAUCUCUCUUAGCUUCGAAUCCACCGAAAAGACAAAUGUGGAAUAGAAAACGGCACUUCUGUAUUGAUAUAUAUCAGGACUAUAAUAUACUUUGACAUUUUGAGUUCACCAUAAAUGCAAGCCGUACUUGACUUGCUUGAUUUCCAUUCUUUCGCAAGGUUCAGUUCAGUCAGGAUUCGCACUGGGAAAAUAGGAAUGUUUCAUGUUUUGCAGUCAUAUUUCUGCUCCAUUUUUAACAUAACCAGAGCGUAAUUUUAUCAUCGAACAACUUGUGAUGCAAAGCCUAAGGCAGUAAUUCGGAUACGUUGAAACCUGAUCCAUCUGACAAGCUAAAUUAAACUUUACAACUUCCAAAAUGCGCACAAACUGACACUAGGGCAGUAUAUUUUUUUUUAUAUAUUUAGCGUGCUAAUAAAUAUAUAUGUUCAUCAAAAAUCAGUCUAUAGUCACAAGCAUAUAAAUUUCAGAUGAAGACAAACGGUUAGGCGUAAGGAUGGUUAUAUGGUCCUAAUUACCAUGUGAAUAUGACAGCAGGAGAAGCUACAACCGAUGCCGAUGUCCCGGAAAACUUUAAUUUUUUUCAAGGUAGUAUCCUAAUAUUGCUCACCACUACUUUUCUUCGAUUCUAUCCCAGGUUAGGUUGGGUUAUUGCAGCAUAAUUCUCGGUUUAUCUUAUAUUGUUCAAUAUAAUAUUGUUCGAUAUGGUCAAUUUUAUUUAAUUUUAAUAAAUAUAUAUUCAAAGUUCACAGUCUUAUUUUAAACAAACUUAUAAUUGUGUUCAAUUAAAAAUUGUUUUUGAUUAGUUUAUAUUCCCGGCAUAUUGGUUGCAUAAAUAGAAUUCAUGUAGUUAAUAACGGAGUUCCAUUCAUUCAAAAAUGAAGAAGAACGGGACAAAGGCAUUACCGUUUAUUUGCUUCUGUUUACUGGGAAUUUUCGUACACUUGGCGGAUGCAACAAGGAAAGCGACUUGUAAUGGCUGGACGUUGAAAGCACCAGACGAAGGUAGCUUCCAAUGUACUCCACUUGGUGUUACGAUUUCAAUGCCGGGGACGAGAUGCACAUUGUUCUGCGAUGCAGGUUACCGAGCCCAACAAGAAGUUCUGGUUUGCUCGGAGACUGGAGGAUGGGUCCCCACAAAUACACCAGAAUGUUUGGUUGACAGCACGAUGACGCUUGUUAUCGUUUUGUCCAUUGUUGGGAGCAUCAUUAUCAUAUUUGGAUUGAGCGUGUUAUACGCUAAAACAUCUAAAAGAUGCCGAGGAAAGAGGCGGAAACUAGAAGAAGAAGAUCCAGAAACUGGUCGUUCUGCAAUUAACGACACUUCCGCUUACUAUGGACAUGUGAAGCGUCUUAGAAGAAAACGACGUUUGCAGGCCGAACGUCAAAAACAGGUAGUUGAGCGUCCAAAAAAGAAAGGAGACUCUAUAGACAAAACAAAGCCAGCAUCAAAACAGCAAGGCCGCGGUCUGAAACGAGACGAUAAAAAACGCGAAAUACUUCCCACAAAAGUUGAUCAAAAAGACAAAGGAAGAAACGCAAACAAAAAGACUAAGCCAUUAAUGAAAAACACUAAAGAGAGGCUCAAAGCAAUACCAAAAACAAGAUCGAAUCGUAAGCCACCAAUGACAAAAGUGAAAGAAAAAAGAAUUGCGUCGAAGUCAAAACCACUCGCAACAAAAGAAACAAAAAAAUCAUUUUCUCAAAUACUAAAAGAGAUAUUUUGCGGCGCAUGCUUACCAAAGAAAACGGGGAAUCAAAAAAUAAAGUCGAAUUCUAAAACAAUCAAUGAAGAUGUUAAGAUAUUCUCAAUUUCCGAGUCGAAGUCUGUUCUAAGACCAUCAAAAUCGUCGUCCUCGGACAGUAGUUCUUUUUUGUCCAGUUCCGAAUCAUCUUCCAGUUUUUCAUCUUCUUCCGACGAAGACGAAUCUCCUCCCCCUAAACAGUCAAAGAAAGUUGACAACACAGAAACUCCAACCAGCAGAGCAAACAAGCCACCACAAAAGCCUCAACCGCCAGGGACUAAAAAACCUCCUCCUAGACCUCCAGCGCCAAAAAUAUUACAAAAUAAAACUCGAAAAGCAUCUAGCGAUAUAUUAAACCAUUCUGGCCAUUCGCCCAAAACACGCAGUUCGGAGGAUAUAACACCGCCUGCCCGACAUGGAAUUUCAAGUGGUUAUUCAUCAGAAGGCGAUCGACACAAACGAAGACGUGGUCAUAGUGAAUCCGGAAUUCACCGUCAUUCAGACGAUGACAAAACGUUGCGUAAUCAUUCUGCUAUCGAAGAUUCAGGGGCAAAACGGAUGGAUAUAUUAUCGCCUGGUCCGCUCGAUGCAGAAAAGCUGACUGGAAAUCCGUACGAGGAUUACCCAUCAGCACUCUCAUAUCGACAAUAUCAAAACUUCGAAAAUGAUUAUCGACGGACCACAGGAGACUAUCAUCCACAAUACAGUAAUAUUAAAUUGAUACCUAUUCAAACAACUAAGAAAAAAUCAAAUGAAGAAGAAGAAAACGAAAGGAGAGAGAGGGAAGAAGCCGAAAAAGAAGCACAGAAAAAAGCUAGGCAAAAGAUGACACAAGGAGGUGUCAAAUACAUAAGUAUUGACGAAGAAGACGGUGGAAAGGAUGAAGUUCAGAAUAUAAGAAGCAAUAAAAAACAAGGAAGGAGAUAUGAGGAUCCAUCCGCUCGUGACAAACGAAGGCAUUCGCCUGAUUACCACAAGCGACAUAGAGCUCAUAAACAAACAAGAAAAGAUAAAUCUUCUAAACGUACGGAUUCAAUAAAAAGAGACAGAAAGCGCGAGAUCGAAGACGAGCGCAUUAUUGACGAUGGCAAAAAACCUAAGAUGGGUAAAAAUAAGAAAGAAAGGCAUAGUUCGCGGAAUCAUGUUAAUAACAAAGGAGCUAAAAGGAAGGAAACAAAGUCCAGGGUUGAUGCAAAAAGAUCAGAUAAAAAUAAAAAGUAAAUGGUUUGAAAAUGAUGGUCCAACCAGAUGUGGCUUUUCGACGGAAGAAGCUAAAUGUGGCAAGUGUGAACGAUGGGAACAUACAGGUCUGUGAUGCACACUGAUUGUAAUAUGAAUCUCAUAACAACGUAACUGUGGAAAACAUAUGAUGAAGGUGUAAAUUCAAGUUUUAAACUGUUAGAAUAUGAUAAUGCAUUAAAAUAUACUUCCUCUUUAGUCUUGAAUUUUGUGAACAGAUCACUUUAAUACUUUUUUUUUUUUAUUUCGGUCCGUAUUAGAAUGUUUGCUGUUCAGAUCACGGUAUCGCAGCUGAUAGCGUUUAUUGGAUUUUAAAAUCUCGUGAUGAAAUUUGAAUAGAAAUUUAUUUAAAACAACAUUUCAGUUUUUCUAUAGUUUAUUUCAAUAAAUGAUUGAGGUUCAUUACUUGA